ACUAAUGAUAAGAUCUGAAGGAAUGAGCCUUUAUUAAUUGUUGAUUCCAAGAGAAUCAUCUUAUGAUGUUAUGAGUGAAUUAGGCUAAAUUGAUAGUGUAAUGAUAAUUGACCAUCAAUAGCAUUUACUCUCUAAGCCUUUUAUUAACUAAGUAUAAAGGUAUUGUUAAGUACUAAUAUUAGAUGUGAUGAAAUAUUGAAUAAGGUAGAGUAUUUACUGAAUCAAUUAAAUCAAAUAGGAUAAAUAAUAGAACAUGUAUAUGAUUUUAAACUGAUGCUGUAGGAAUUUGAUGUAUGAAAAUAUUAGUAAUAUAGAGAGUCUUAUCAUUAAAGUAAAUUCAAAAACAUACAUUUAUAAAUUAGAUUGAAGAAUAUAUAAAUGGAAAAUAUUAAUAAGUUUAACAAUAAAUUGAUACCUUAUCUAGAUUGAAAUCUAAAUUAUAAAAUACUAUUGAGGCUAAAGAGGCUAUGAUUAAUGCAAGAAGAUGGUUGGGAAUAGCUUACUUUCAUAGUAAAUCAAGUACAGCAUUGGACUUUGAUGAAUAAAUGAUUAAAUCAUAUCACUAACAUGGAGGUAUGAUGCCAUCUUAAAAAUUUACUCAUUUUGUAGGAGUAAUGGACGCAAAAGAUUAUUAAAUAUUUCAAAGAACAGUUUUUAGAAUUACCAAAGGAAACUUUAUGGUAAAUGAGACUUUGUUAUCUGUUUCAAGAUGUUGUUUUUUAUUAAUUUUUCCUACAUUUUCAUUAUAAUCAGAAACAUGGAGAAAAAUAAAAAAACUUUGUGAUGUCUUAAAAGUAGAACAUAUUUCAUUGCCAUUAACAGAAGAACAAUGGGAUCAAAGGUAUUGUGAUUAUGAUAAGGAAAUUGUAGAAAUAGAAAAUAUGGAUAAAUUGACUCAUUAAUUAUUAUCAUCUAUUUUAAAACCAUUAUUAGAAGACGGUGAUACACAACCAUCAUUAUUAUUCAUAAGAUUCUUUUUAGUAAGAGAACGAACACUCUAUGAAAAUUUAAAUAAAGUGAAAAUGUAAUAAAGUAUAUUUCUGGCAAAUUUGUGGGUUAGAUCAGGUGAAAUUUUAUUAUUAGAAGAUAUUCUUUAAACUAUUAAAUAGAAAAAUCCUCAUAUUCCAGCUCCUUAAAUUAAAAAAAAUACCAUUCUCAAACAUAAGCCACCAACUUUUUUUUAAACCAAUUAAUUUAACAAAUUAUUCUAAUUAAUUACUGAAACAUAUGGAAUUCCUGAUUAUAAAGAAAUUAAUCCUUCUAUAUUUUCUAUAAUUACUUUUCCAUUUUUAUUUGGAGUUAUGUUUGGAGAUAUUGGUCAUGGAGCAGCUAUUUUAGUAUUUGGAAUAUUUCUUUCUAUGAAUAAAAUUUUCUCUCCUCGAUCUGAAUAAAGAAAACUUAGAGAAUAAAGGAUAUAAUUAGGAUUACAAAUUUAAAAAUAAACAAAUUCUAAAGACUUUAAUGAUGAAGAUUUAAAUGAUUUUAAUUUAACUCAGAUAAUUUUCGAUUUAAGAUAUAUGUUGUUAUUAUGUGGAGCAUUUUCUCUUUAUACAGGAUUCAUCUAUAAUGAAUUCUUUGGACUUCAAUUAAACAUAUUUGGAUCAUGUUUGAAUUAAAAAGAUUGUACCUAUCCUUUUGGUAUAGAUCCUUAAUAUGAAGAACUUGGAUUUAGAAAUUCUUACAAAAUGAAAUUAGCUAUAAUAAUUGGUUUUAGUUAGAUGUUACUCGGAAUCAUCUGUUCUGGAUUUAAUUAUUUUUAUUUUAAAAAAUGGAUAAAUCUUUUUGUGAUUUUUCCAGCUAGACUUUUGUUUUUUACAUUAUUUAUUGGUUAUAUGGUAACUUUAAUUGUACUAAAAUGGUCAACGUUUUAUAUUGAUACAUCAUAGGCUCCAAGCAUUAUUACUACAUUAGUUGAUAUGUGGAUGCAUGAUGGAAAGGUCACUUUAAAAACAUUUGAAUCAGCUGAUUUUCAAAGUUCCUUACAAAAAUUAAUUAUAUUAAUUUGUAUAAUAUGUAUACCUUUUCUUUUAUUUGCUCCUAUUAUUGCAGAUAUUAUUACUCUACUUCAAAAGAAAAAAAAGGACCCUUAAAAUUUGUAAGAAUUUGAAUUGGUUCCUUAAAAUAUGAAUAGUGAUUCAUCAAAUGAUGAAAUUAUUUCUGAAUAAUCAUAGCAUUCAUCUUAUAUAGAUAUUAUUGUCGAACAUCUAAUAGAAACCUUAGAAUUUGCUUUAGGAUGUAUUAGCAAUACUGCUAGUUAUUUGAGAUUAUGGGCAUUAUCCUUAGCUCAUUCUGAAUUAGCUAAAGUCUUAUUCGAUUUAACAUUAAAAGAUCCACUUGCUAAUGCUAAUUUAUUUUCUUCACUAUUAGGAAUGCCUGUUUUUUUAUUGGCUACUUUUGGUAUUUUAUUAUGUAUGGAUUCUAUGGAAUGUUUCUUACAUGCUCUAAGGCUUCAUUGGGUAGAAUUUUAGAACAAAUUCUAUAAAGGGAAUGGAUAUAAUUUUGAAGUUUUUUCUUAUAGAAAAGAAAUGUAAAAAUAUUAAGAUAAAAUGAAAACUUGA